GCACACCCAUCUUAUAGUCCUUGGCUGUAUACAAGUCCAUCUUUAAGCCGUUAAUACUCGUCCACGUCACGACUUGACAUUCUCGCACAAAUUCGGGAUAACAUUGCUUGUUAUCGAACAAAUUACAUCACCUCCAAUCUCAUCCUCAACCUCAUCCUCAACAACAGCAAUGGCCUUGGUUAUUGGCCUCGUUGCAGCAGCUGCCCGAGCCCUGGCUAGCGACCACAACGGCAGCAACCCAGGCUACAACGGCAACAACAACAACGGCUACAACAACGGCUACAACAACGGAUACAACAGCAACGGCUACACCAGAGGCUACAACAAUGGCUACGCCAACAACAACUACAGCGGCAACAACGCCGCUUGCCAUGCCCCCUUUGCCGCAUACGGUACAUGUUCACACAUGACGGGCAGUGACCGUGCAACCCGCCGCAUGGAACGAAGAAUGCGCAAGGCCGAGCGCAAGGCCGAGCGCAACGAUAUGAUCAUGUCUCUCAUGAGCUCUGGCUCGCGCUCCCGUGCAGCAGGCCCGGCACCCUCUCAGCCCGUCAGCGGCGUAUCUUACACAAACCACGGACAAGGCCCUGCGCAAAGAGGCGCAUCUUCCGAGGCGCAGUCCGUGGCCGGUUCUUAUAGAGAUCGCAUGCCGUCGGGAGCGCCUGAGGGGUACAGAUGGAGGGAUGAGCAAAGUCGCGAUCGAAGCAGAGACUUGGGAAGCUCGAGUGCAAUGGAUGGCUUGCCGUCGUAUGAACAGGCUAUUCAGAAGCCUCGCAAAUCAUGAUUUUGAGACGAUGACAAUUGGACGAGGGAAAGCGGGCGUUUUGGUUUUUAACGGUUUCAAUUCUUUGUAUAUACUUCAUUAUGAAUCUAGAAUAUUGAUUUUGUUGCUAUAUGAAUAAGAUGUAUUAGUGUUAUAAUUUUU